GCGAUGGAGAGACAAGUGAUUUUGAUUUUACUCUUUGUUCUAACCUUCUCUUAUUCUUUGUCUACGGGAGAACUUAAAGCAGAUCUUGCUGAGGAAAUUGAAGAUUUACUAGAUAGCGUGCAAGAUGAGAGCAACGCAUUGAAAGGAUGCUACGACAAGUCGAAAUAUUGGUGCUUAAAAUUUUCAAAUUACUGCUCUCAUAUUUUUGUGUCAACCUCUUGUCCAAAAACCUGCGGCCGAUGUUCAGAUGGAGGUACCUGGAGCUCAUGGAGUCCUUAUAGUCCAUGCUCUAAAUCAUGCAAUGGCGGUUAUCAGUUCAGAUCUAGGAAAUGUAACAAUGCCUCUUCAGUUCAGGGUAGAAGUGCUUGUUCAGGACCUUCAAUGGAAACGCAGAUUUGCAACCAAUUUGUACCGUGUUCAGUUGGUGCCCCGUUAGCUGCAAUGGAAUCGGCAGAAGGCAGAUGGGCAGCUUGGGGUCCAUACACCACAUGCAGCAAGUCCUGUGGAGGAGGCACGCAAUCAAGAAUACGCAAAUGCGUCGACCCAUCUCGUUCACAUAGUUUAAAGACAUGCAAAGGGGCAUUUAGACAACGUCGCCAGUGCAACCUUAAUCCCUGUUCAGUUGAUGGUGGUUGGGCGUCAUGGGGACCCUAUGGACCAUGCAGCAAAAGCUGUGGUGCAGGAGUGCAAUAUAAAUAUCGGAAAUGCAAGAACCCAGCACCACAACAUGGUGGAAAACGAUGCGCAGGACAUUAUAAGAUGUCUCGUCACUGCAACGCAGGAGUAUGUGCAGUUGAUGGUAACUGGUCUCCAUGGAGUAGUUUUGGAAUGUGCUCCAAGACUUGUGGAGGAGGCCUAAAACACAGGACCCGCCUUUGCAAUAGCCCACCUCCUAGCAAUGGAGGAAAAAGCUGUCAAGGGCCUUCGCGAGAAACGGUAGAUUGCAACACACAUCCAUGCUCAGUUGAUGGUAAUUGGUCUCCAUGGAGUGUUUUCGGACGAUGUUCAAAGACGUGUGGAGGAGGGCUGAAGUACAGAACCCGCAGCUGCGACAGUCCACCACCCAGCAAUAGAGGAAAGAACUGUCCAGGACCAUCUCGGGAGGCGAUGGAUUGCAACACACAUGCCUGCCCUGUGGACGGUAAAUGGUCUCACUGGAGUAGCUUUGGAGGUUGUACAGCAACUUGCGGAGGAGGUUUCAGGUACAGACGUCGGAAAUGUGACCAUCCUGCACCGGCUAAUGGAGGCAAAAAGUGUCCAGGAGCAUCUUUCCAAUCAAUUGGCUGCAAUGUACAAGCUUGUCCAGUUGACGGCCACUGGUCUCCGUGGAGCAGAUACGGAAGGUGCAGCAAGUCAUGUGGAGGAGGUUCUCAACACAGAACCCGGACGUGCAACGAUCCGCCACCAGCAAACGGCGGAGCUCGCUGUAGAGGACCGAGCAAACAAACAAGAAGGUGUAAUUCACAUCCUUGCAAAGUUGAUGGUCACUGGUCUCCUUGGGGUAGGUACAGUAAAUGUAGCAGGUCAUGUGGGGGAGGCUCUCAACACAGAACCCGGACGUGCAACAAUCCGGCACCGGCAAACGGUGGAGCAGGCUGUGGAGGGCCGGGAAAACAAACAAGAAGGUGCAAUUCGCGUCCUUGCAAAGUUGAUGGCCACUGGUCCCCUUGGAGUAAAUAUGGUACAUGCAGCAAGUCUUGUGGGGGAGGCUAUCAAUACAGAACUCGCAAUUGCAACAAUCCGCCUCCAGCAAACGGUGGAGCAGGAUGUCGAGGACCGAGCCGAAGGUCACGACGCUGUAACUCACGUUCUUGUAAAGUGGACGGUCAUUGGUCUCCAUGGAGUGGAUACGGCAGAUGCAGCAAGUCAUGUGGAAGAGGAUAUCAAUACAGAACUCGCAAGUGCAACAAUCCGCCACCAGCAAACGGUGGUAAAAGGUGUAGAGGAUCGAGCAGACGAAAAAGGAGCUGUAAUUCACAUCCUUGUAAAGUUGAGGGCGGUUGGUCUAACUGGGGUCCAUACAGCAAAUGUAGUCGCACGUGUGGGUCGGGAGGCACGCAAACAAGAUAUCGCACGUGCUCCAGCCCGCAUGCUUAUUAUGCAUACGGUGGCUCUUCAUGUCGAGGAUACUCCAAACAAACUAGGAAAUGUGGGAGUAACAUUCCUUGCCGAAAAGUUUGCAGAAAUACACAAAGUCACGGCUAUUGUAGAUGGGUCGUGAUGAGCUACAGAUGUGGUCGGUACUACAAAUAUUGUAGAAAAUCCUGUGGUUCAUGUCGCCACCAUUAAUGCAGAGAAAACAACUCUUUACUAGCGUGGUCUGUGUUUCAAGCAAGAAGUGCAAAGGAAUUUAUGAAUGCUUCGCCGAGGGGCUAGAAGGAGGAAGCUUAUGCCAAUUUCUUGCUUAUUUCAUUAUCAUUGUCAUAAAAGUUUGAUUAAAAAGUGUGUAC